UUGACUCCAUUUCAAAACGGCCCGUUUACCAGUUUUGCAGGCCUCCAAGUACAAUCCUCCAAUCAAAUCAAUCUAUGCAGAGGCUCUACCAUUGACAAGAAUUCUAACACACACAAUGACUUGUCUCGACGAUUGAAUCGUGCUCCGUAGCUCUCUUGUUUGUUUAAGUGCUGUCAGCAUGUAUCACGCCAAGAAAUUCUCGACGGCGAGCUUAGUCCCGCAUAAACCUCAGACUUCUGAACAGCUUGCAAGUGAUUCUUCAGUGAAAAACCCGACCCCUUGCGCUUCGGCUUCGGCUUCUGCUUCUGCUUCUGCCGGAAAUGGAAAACAACGACUGCGCUGGACCUCCGAUCUCCAUGACCGCUUCGUCGACGCCAUCACACAACUUGGUGGACCAGAUAGGGCAACACCUAAGGGUGUCCUGAGAGUGAUGGGUGUUCCUGGACUAACUAUUUAUCAUGUGAAGAGCCAUUUACAGAAGUAUCGUCUUGCAAAGUACCUGCCAGAGUCUCCAGCUGAUGGUUCUAAAGAUGAGAAGAAGGGUUCUGGAGACAGCCUCUCUUGCUCAGAUUCUUCUCCUGGAGUGCAAAUUAACGAGGCGUUAAGGAUGCAGAUGGAAGUUCAGAAGCGUCUUCAUGAACAACUUGAGGUUCAAAGACAACUACAAAUGAGAAUAGAGGCUCAGGGAAAGUACUUGCAGAAGAUCAUUGAGGAGCAACAGAAACUUGGUGGCGUCCUCAAAGGGUCUGAUGCAUUACCAUCAUCUGAGGAUAAGCAAAAGCUAUCCCAGUUGGAGACACCUGGUGAUGCAUCUACGGGGUUGUCAUCUCCCCGAAAGAAACACAGGAUGGAUGAUGGGUUACCGAGUGAUUGCACCACGUCUGAUCUGCCUCCAAAAGGUGACCAAAAGAAUGAAUUUGUUGGUCAGUGGGAUCGGGACAUGUACCCUAGUGAUGGUGGAUUUGGUUUCAACUUGCAAACAGAGUUGAAAGAGGCAGAAGGUGGUGGUGCUACACAGAAAGGGCCUCUGGAGCUACGUCCCUUGUGUGAUUCAGAACAAUAGAAAUUCCAGUUGGUAGUGUUUGACGAAGCUUGUGCCAGCAAUUAUAAACCAUGCUAUGUAUACACGUAUAAAUAUCUGCAAUCCAUUUGUAAUUAUACAAAGUAUGCACUAUUUCUUUUGUCUCCCACUUUUGGUGUAAGUAGUAGCAUGUAUUUUCCAACUCCUCUUAGAUGCUAUGAGACGGAUUUUGCAUGCGCUGUAUACAUCUAAAUGCAUUUACUUGGUUGUAUCCUCUUUUUGGAUCUGAAGUCGAGAUAAUUCUCAUA